CAUGCGCAGGGGAGGGACCUGCUUUCGCUUUCCAUCCGACUGGGGCUUGCUCUGCCUGGGCUUGGUUGGCAUCGAUGUCCCACAGCUGGUUAGAUCCCCGGGGACGGGCGGCUUCCCCAGCCCGGAGUUCGUCGGGGGCUGGACAGGCCACGGCGGGCCAGGCUCCGUGGGGCGGCGUCCAGCCAGGGCUGCUUGUCUAAGCUGACCCCCAGAUCGGCGCCAAGGCCGUGAGCGAGUGUCCUCGUGGGGCAGAUCCUGGACACCAGUGAGGUCCGGGAGAAUCUAGGCUGUUCCUGCCGGGGAGCCACCAUCCGCGCGGGGUCACCAUGCAGCGCACCGGGUCCCCCAUCGCCACGGAGACCGACAUCGACCUCACCGCCGCGCUGCUGCCUUCGGGGGGGACGCGGAGCCAUCAGCACGCCAUCAAGACGGCCGUCAGCGAGACGGGGGCGCUGCCUGCGCCGGGCUACGAGGGCCCCCCCUCUCCCGCCGGCUGCCGCUGCUGCGGCUUCGCUAAGCUGCAGACGGGACCCCAGCCUGGCGCCGGCUGCCGGCUCUGGAACACCCCCUACCACAAGCUGCCCCCGGGGUCCUGCCCGGGGAAGGGCUUUGGCCAGUCCACCCUGCCGUUCAGCUUCGGGACCAACUCUGCGCCCCCGCCCCGAGACCCCCGCCUGACCCUGCAGCCCAGCGAGCUGCCCGCCGGGACGGCCAGGCUGAGCAGCGGGCCUGGGGGAGAGCCAGGGAGGUGCGGGGGCCUCAAAGGCCUGGAGCUAGAGCUCUGGGAGGGCCCAGAGACCAAGCCGUGGCUGGAGGACAGGACGGCUCCCCCCUUGGCCUUGGAGAAGCCCCCCAUCCGAGAAGGCUGCUCCCCCUGGGCUGAGGCGCGGCUCUGCCCGGUGCAGCCGGGACGGGAUGUGUCUCCGCCAGAGAGUCGCCGUGGGCUCCGGGAAGAGCAGAGCUGUGCAGGCGUCCUUCCCAGCGCAGCUCUCGGCCUCUCGGCAGGCAGGGCGGGCGCACGCCUGGCUGAGGGUGCAGGCUGUGGGCGUGACCCCUUGGCGUCGGAAACGGCAGCCGAGCCGCGGCGGGACGGCAGCAUCGUGCUGAGCGAGGGCGCGAGGGAGCUGGUGAUCGGCCAGGAAGGGGCACGGGACAUCCCCCAUGCAGUGGGGAGCGGGCUGGCCCCGUGCGUCCCCCCUGAGCCAGAGCCAGAGCCCCCCUCAGCAGACCCACGGGGAGAGGAGCUAGCGCCGGAAGGUCCUGGCGGGACAGAGGAGGAGGCAGUUAUGGGACGGCCCUGGGGUACCGAGCUGGGGAGGCGGCUGGGGACCGGGAGCUCUGUUGGCUCGGCUGGCCCGGGCCGUGAAAGCAGCAGGCCCGUCUCCCCGGAUCCAGCCAGCCAGGCCCAGCAAGUCGGGGGCCUGGGGCCCGCGGGUGCCAGCGCUCCCACUAAGACGUCCGUGGAGGACGCCUACGGGAGGCUCAGCAAGGCGUGCGGCCUGUCCCUCCUGGAGGAGCUGAGACGGACGUUCCUGGACGCCGAGGGCGGCUGCUUCUCGCUCCUGGAUUCGGGCCUGGUCCUGGGCCGAGUGGAGGAGCACGCGGCGCUGGGGCUGGCCAUCCUGCCCAUGCGGGACGGGCGGAAGCUGGCCACGACCCUGCCCCACUGCAGCCUCUUCCUGUACUACGCGCUGGGCCGGCAGUUCUACGUCACGGAGAAGCUGGCGGAUCGCUGGUUCCGCACGCGGGACCGGGUCACCGGGGAGACCAUGCUGAUGAAAAAGGUGCCCGUGGUCUCCGACUGGAGGAAGAUGUUACACAAUUUCCUGUUCCUGCCCCCGCACCCCACGGUGCUGGUGCCCUACGCCGUCCUGUACGACCGCAGCGGCUCCAUCCUCUACCUCAUGGAGGACAGGGACGUGCGCGCGGUGGGGCGGCCGCCCGAGGGGCCCGGCCUGGAGGGAGCUCGAGCCCUGCGGGAGGUGCUGAGCUUCCUGAGCUUCUGCAAACGCCACCACUUCCACCCCGGGGACGUCGGCGCCGCCUCGAUCUACACGGCCCAGGGCGUCUGCUUUGACCCCAGCAGCCUGUCCAGCAGCGAGGACCCCUACACCUUCCGGAAGAGCAUGAAAACCUGCCUGCGCCCGCUGCUGGCCCAGCACCCGGGGCUGGCGGACCUGGACUCCCUGGUGGACAGCAUGUGCCUGUACCUGGAGGAAGAGGAGAACCCGGAGCCCGGCCACACGCCCAGCAGCGGCCCCAAGUGAGCGGAGCCCAGGCCCCAUGGCUGCCCCCCACCGGAGGGAGACGGGCUGCAGAGAUGGGCGCCUCCCUGGGGUGCCUGGAGGCAGAGCGCUGGGAUCCAGCCGUGGACGCUGCUGGCAGGGGCGUCACGGGGUGGGUGGGUGCCCAGGUGUGGGGUGCGCAGGGGGUACUUGCAGCCGGCGGGUUCUGCUCCCUGGAGAAACGGGCUCAUUUGCCAGCCCAGCUCGUUCUGAACAGCCGGGGGGCGGGCGCUGGGCGGGUGGGGGGGGGAUGUGGCACCGGUCGCCCUGCUCUGGGCUGGGCCGUCGAUGAAUUCAGCAAGGUGGGAGGAAUGACACUGACUGUGCUGGGCCCUUGCCUGCAGGAGCCCCACAAACCCCUCCCCCCGGCUCAUCGUCAAGCCCCCCAGCCCUGGCCAGGGACCCGCGGAACAUUCCAGCACCCGUGUUCCCAAAGAAGGCAGGCCUGGGACCCGAGAGCGCCUGGCUCCACCUUUGGCCUUCACCUCCUCUCGUCACCGCCUAGUGCCUCAGUUUCCCCAUCCCCGCCCUGGGGGGAUGCUGCUUUCCCCACUGCCAAGUGCCUUCAUGAGGCACAGCCCCGCAGGUGGUCCCCGGUAAUUAGCAUGAGGUAACGAGGCUCAGUGUAGGAUCAGGGGAAACGGACGGGCUCGCAGGCCGGCCGACUGGCUGGCCGGGGACUUAGGGCAGUGGGCAGGUGCUUCAAAGACUCACUUAUAUAACUAUGCAACGCAACCUUUGUAAUAAGUGUAUCCUUCCGCAGC